AUGGCUGUGUUUUCCACAGCCAAUGCAAUACCACAUCAACUUCAAAAGAGAACCACGGACGAAGAUAAAUGUGAAUUUGCAGCAACCCUACUCUACUCUUCACAUAAUCCUGAUCCAGUCGUUCCCGGAAAAUUCGUUACUUAUAAUCUUUCUGCAACUUUAGUUGAUCACGUAAUCACACAAGCAGCCACACUUCAUGCUUAUUAUGUUGAUCACAAAACUUUUCUACCCGUAGGUGGCGAAGGCUAUUUUGGACCGGUUUGCACUGGAACUGAGUGUCCAAUUAAUGCUAAUACUACAUUUACUACAAUUGCUAAGUUUCUGGGAUAG